AUGAAAAUAGGGACCAUUCAUACAUUACGUUCAUUUCCUUCUUUGGUUCAUAUAAACUUGUUACUUGGCAAAGGAAAAACUGAUUGUAUUCUAACCUGUGAUCUUUGGCUCAUUUACGAUCCCGUUUUCACCGAAUACGAGAAAAAAUUUCUAAUCGAAAAUGGAUUCAAUUUGAUUGAUGUCAAUGAAAAAGGAGCUAAAUCAGUUACCACAAGAACCCUUUUCUUUAUGCCCCAUUGUCCACUUCCAAUGUACAACAAUUUACUUUGGGCUAAUUGGUUACCAAACAAUUUGAAUCAAAUUGUCUUAUUAGGAACGAGUUUCAAUUCUCUGGUCAACUCUUUCAUCUCUAGCGACCAACAAGCCGAAUACUCUUAUUUAAUUGGCAUCACUGAAAGUAAAUUAAUCGAUGAAUUUAAAUUGGACCCACCUCGAGAUAUUUACGAAGCUUUUAAUGAUUUAAGUGUACAUUUUUUCACUCGAAUCAACGAUGAUGAUGAAUAUACGAAUUUACUAUCGAUUGCUAAUUGUGAUCCAAAAAAGAAACCAAUCUAUUCAGAUGAUAUAUUCUCCAAAGAAAUGUUCAUAAAUUAACUGUGAUUGUCAAGUUGGUGAUUAUCUCGGCACCAAAGAGUAGAGAGCU